AUGAAUAAUUGCUUUGGUUGGAAAACGCAUCUUGAAGAACUCAUGAGAGAAGGUCGCUGCAAGAAGUUCAUUGUGAAGCAGGCCAUCCAGCAGAUUGAGGACAGCGAUACUGCUAAGGAGCCACCCCAGAAGGUCAUAAGGAUAAACACAAUCCUAGCUGACUCCGAGGAGUCCGGACUGACCAUCAAAGAAAAGAAGAGGAAGAUCAAACAGGCUACUAUGAUCUCCCAAGUCUCAACUAGCCUCUCACUGGCAGAAGACGAUCCCGUGAUUGGCUUUCAAACGAAAGACUUAAUCGGCCUUGAUCUACAACGAAAUGACGCCCUUGUCAUCAGCAUUCAAAUGGCUCAGGCCAUGAUCGACCGAAUCCAUGCAGAUGAGGGCAGUGCAGCCAACAUCCUACAAUUGGCAGUCAUCCAACAGAUGGGCUUAGAGGCAAAGAUCAAUAAAUCAGCCAAGUCGCUGACUGGUUUCAAUGGUGCAACGACAGUUACCGUGGGCAUGAUAGAUCUCGACGUCUACUCUCCACCUGUAAUCAGCUCGCAAACGUUCAUGGUCAUUGAUAAAGUAUCACCAUACAAUGGCAUUCUAGGCAAACCAUGGAUCGGCAAGAUCAACGCCAUCACCUCCGCUACACAUCAGAAGAUCAGCUACCCAGUCCCUGAGGGCGGUAUCACCAGAUCAACAGCGAUCAGAUAA